UAUCCAAUCAGGGAGCUGGGGGCGGGCAUUGGGGGGACGGGACGAGGAGGGGCACAGCCUACGCCCCCAUCUUCCCGUGGGGCCGGCAGCCGCGACCCCCCGCCCGGGGCGGAAGUGACGAGCCCCGGCUGCCAAAAUGUCGGCGCCCAGAGGGAGCUAGGCGUCCGUGGGACCCGGCGGUGAUGGAGUGCUAUGGCACUGAUCUGCCUGAGGGACUGGGCACCGGCUGGGCAGAGGAGCCCGGGCAGCUCCCUGGCCGGGCGCCUGGCACCAUCGAGCGCAUGGUGCCAUGCUCGGACCCAGAGGACGGCCCCGACGGGCCAGCACCAACCCCGCUGACAGACAACGGGGCGGGCGCCCGGGUGCCCUUCCACUGCUCCGAGUGCGACAAGAGCUUCCGGUACCGCUCGGACCUGCGGCGCCACUUUGCCCGGCACACGGAGCUCAAACCCUUCCAGUGUCCGCACUGCAGCAAGAGCUUCAAGCAUUCCUUCAACCUGGUCAACCACAUCCGCAGCCACACCGGCGAACGCCCCUACCGCUGCACCGUCUGCCCCAAGGGCUUCCGCGACUCCACCGGCCUGCUCCACCACCAGGUGGUGCACACGGGCGAGAAACCAUACUGCUGCCACGUCUGCGAGCUCCGCUUCUCCUCCCGCAGCAGUCUGGGCCGCCACCUCAAGCGCCAGCACCGCCCGCCCCCCGGAGGGGGCGCCCCUGAGCCACCCGGCACCACCCGCUGCCUGGAGCGCCUGUGCGGCCAGGGGCGGGCGGCCCCCUAUGGCUGCGGGGCCUGUGGGCGUCGCUUCCGGCUGGCGCCCGAGCUGGGGAAGCACUGGCUGGCUCACACCGACAUCAAGCCCUUCAAGUGCCCCGACUGCGAGCGGGACUUUAAUGCCCCCUCCCUGCUGGAGCGCCACAAACUCACCCAUGCCAAGGACCGGCCGCUGCUCCUGCCAUGCCAAGGCUGUGCGGGCAAGGGGGUCCCGGGGCAGCAGGAGACGCAGGGGCUGGGCUGCCCGGCCUGCAAGCCCCAGGACACCCGCCCCCUGGACAGCCUGUACCAGUGCGAGUGUGGCACCUUCUUUGCCAACGCUGGCGCCCUGGCCGCCCACCUGGCGGCCCACACGGGCGAGGCCUCCUUCGCCUGCGGCAUCUGUGGCAUGAGCUUUGGGGCCCUGCCGCCCCUGGAGGCCCACCAACUGAGCCACGCCAUGCUGCUGCCCCCGGAGGGCGCCCCCCAGCCGGUGGCGGCAGGGCCUGUGCCACCAACAGGCGGGGAGCUGGAGCGCCACCUGCUGCCGCGGCUGGAGCUGCGGGCUUUCCCCGCCCGGCCCGGCAAGAAGCUCUACAAGUGCACGGAGUGCGAGAAGUUCUUCCGCAGCCCGCGGGACCUGGACCGGCACGUGCUGGUGCACACGGGCGAGAAACCCUACCAGUGCACCGAGUGUGGCAAGUUCUUCCGGCACGAGUGCUACCUGAAACGGCACCGGCUGCUCCACAGCGGGGAGCGCCCCUUCCAGUGCAGCGUCUGCCACAAGGGUUUCAUCACCUUCAGCAACCUCUCCCGCCACCUCAAACUGCACCGCGGUAUUGACUAGCCGGGUGGGACCCCUGGCAGCCCCAGCCGGCCUGCGCGUCCUGCCUCCCACCUCCGGCUCUCCCUGCUGGCUUGGCCAUGGGCCGGCGUGUUCUGCUCGUGUGCCCUCUUGGUGCUGGGCUCUGCACACCGGUUUGUUUUUGUAGGGUCUCUGGAAUGUGUCGGUUUGUUGUUUAG